CCCUCCAUCCCUCAUUGCAUUGUCUCUAGCAUUAUUAAUAAGGGGUAUUUGUAUUCACCACCAUUGCAGUUUAAUUAUAAUAUUGAUUUCAGUCACAAAAUUUGUAUGUUGAAAAGGUACCAAAUACAUAGGUAAGUCAAACUAGUUCAACCUUACCCAUCUUAUACAUGAGGCAAACAUGGACCUCAUGGUAUACGUCAGGUCGGUAAGAUCAGUAAGAAUACUAUAUCUUUUUGUUAUUGAGUUUAAAAGGAGGUAGAAGCACUAUCACCGACUCACGCUAAUCAAAUAUGACAACAUGCAUGAUAAGAACGCAUUUAUAAUUGGCUUCAUCAAGGCCUGUAAUAGCCAAUGAGCAACAUCAUAACAAAAGUCCAUCAACCUUGUUGAACCUUGGCCUUUUAACUAUCAACACUCAGGAUUCGAUGAUGAUGGUGAUAUUUUAAAGAGGUGUAGGUGACAAUUAUUAUCAUUUAGCCUUCUGUUUCUCAUUUCGAGGUUUUGAUCAGCCUGGAAAAAUUCUUUAAAAAAUAGAAACAAGGUGCAGGAUUUGUAUGUUUUUUCCUUUUUAAUUGUAUUCAACAACCAGUUAUGAAGGCGAUGCUUUCGUGGAAUUACUCGGCUUUAGUGCUGCUGGUCAUGCUUGUUGGUCGACUGGUUGGGCAGGGUAACGCACAACCUCAGGUCGAUCUCCCCGGGACAGACACCACACUGUCAGGCAAAUACAUGGACUUCAACGAAUCCCAGUACCUUAACGUCGACACGAGGAUGGAGGCCUUUCUUGGGAUCCCGUUCGCCGAACCACCGACAGGAGAUCUCAGGUUCAAGAACCCUGUCAAGAAAGGUGACCUUGGAAGGAUUUACCGUGCAGCUUUGGACAAAUCAAUUUGUCCACAAAUUCCGCUUGGCAGAAACUUGGAUGAGGAUUGUCUGUAUCUUAGUGUACAUACUUCGUCUCCAAGGCCCAAUAAUGGAGCAGUUGUAGUUUGGUUCCAUGGCGGUGCCUACUCGCUCGGUGCUGGUUCGAACACUGUCUACGAGCCUCUCCCGCUCAUCGCGUUCGCUCCCGACAUUGUCUUCGUCGGAGUCAAUUACCGCCUGGGCCUGUAUGGAUUCAUGACUACGGGAGACAGUGCCGCUCCUGGUAACUAUGGAAUGUAUGAUCAGGUAAUGGCUCUACAAUGGGUGCAAGACAACAUUGCUGCGUUCGGUGGUAAUCCAAAUAGGGUGACGAUCAUGGGGGAGAGUGCUGGAGCUGCUAGCGUUAGUCUUCAUAUGUUGUCGCCUCUCAGCGAGGGGCUUUUCCAUCAAGCCAUAAUGGAGAGUGGCAACGCACUUUGUCCAUGGGCAGUGGAUACGGACAUGGAACGACAGGUAGGGUUUACCCGAGAGAUAGCUGACCUCGUGAACUGUACCGAAGAAGAUUCCGAAGCCUUAUUGACAUGUCUUAGAGAAGUUGAAGAGAAAGACCUGACUAGGGCACAAAUAACGCUUACAGCAAAGUACCUAACCAACGAGAUGUUGUACGCCCCCGUUGUGGACUAUGCUUUCCUACCCGACAUCCCGAUGGAGAUCGUCAGAAGACAGGAGUUUCACAAGGUCCCAACCUUGAUCGGUACGAACGAGGAUGAAGGAACCUUGAUAGCUCUGAGAGUUUAUCCAUUGUACGUGGUCAGACCAAAUCCACCAAACAUCUCUCUGAGUGAGUUCAGAGAGUUGAUACCAUUGUAUCUCUUCUACAACUCGCCGAUGAUGGCUUCAGCCGUUGAGCAAUGGUAUAUUGAUUGGACACAAGCAGAUGACCCGUCUGCAAAUCAUAUUAACUCGUUCAUCAAUUGGAACACAGACCAGAUGUUUGCCUGCCCUGCCGAGGCGAUGGCACGAGCGGUGGCGGAUACCGGAGCGCCGGUGUACCGUUAUGAGAUGACACAUGAUCCGUCCAAGGCGGUUUUCGAUUCAACCCCUAGCUGGUAUGGUGCUGGGCAUGCUGUGGAACUACAAUACGUCUUUGGCUGGGCGUUCGGCCCAGAUCUUCCUGGUAUAGUGAAGAGGCAGACCCAUGACGAAAAAGUGAUGAUGGUACAGUUCAUGCGAUACUGGACCAAUUUCAUCACAACUGGUGACCCAAAUACACCGGACUCAGAGGGAGAUUAUCCCGACUGGCCCAAGUUUACUGUACCAGAACUAGAAUAUAAGAAAUUAUCAUUGACUAUGGAAAAUGACCGAGCGUUGAGAAUGGAAGCCUGUGCAUUUUGGCUUAACUACGCUCCUCUCCUUCACAAUUACGGAGACCCUGAUGAUCUGUAUGAUGAAUGGAAGCUACAGUAUGCCGAAUGGAAGAACGUGUACAUGCCAGAAUGGUCGGAAGCGUUUGAAGACUACAAGGACAGCUCCGACUGCAGUGCACCUUAAAAUCACUUUAAAGCCACACGGUCCUACUUGUAGCUACUUGCUUUCUCUAUAUAAUAAACAAUGCCUAA